ACUUGUUCCUGAUGGGCAGGGCACUGUUGCCAUUUUGGAUGAGUUUCUGCAAGUAAGUUUGUGUUUUUCGUUUUUAAAACGCGUUAGCUUCUUCGUGUGUGGCUUGUAUUGGUCGACUACGCAAUAUAUGGGUUCAGAUCUACCCAGAUACUCCAGUUGCCCGCAAGUCCUUGGCACGUCUCGUUCCUUCACUUCACCUCGUCCUCCCGCACGCACAUCUCCUGCCUUGAGUCCCAGAGCGAAUGGUGACAACGAUGAACUAUCGACACGCACACAGCUCGUCGGACAUCGUCUCGCCUUCAACGACAACGUUUCCGUACACGUCGCAUAUCCCACAUGACAGGGAUCACGCUUGGCGCUCGCGAAAUGAUCCGGGAGACGAAUCUGAACAGGAACGCGGGUCGAGAGGCAUUAGUUGUUGAGAAGGUCUUAGGAGACCGUAGAAGAUUGUACAAGUACUUGAACAGGCAUCUGUGGGUCGUGUUGACCGAAGCAAAGGGAUCGUGCGGGUUAUAUGUGCUGGAUAGCGUCAAAGGGAUGAUUUUGUACCAGGCGGGGCUGGUGUGGAUGAAGGUUAUGGGAUGGGUGGUGGGGUACGAAGGGUUGGAGGAUCGUUUCAGUGGAAAUGGGGACGUUGCGUGGAGAGGACGGAAUUUGGAAUUUGUGGAGUUGACGAGCCGACAAGGCAUAGAGGUGGCUGUUUCGCUCAUUUCGAAUCCUAUCCUACCUCAUCUGACUGAGGCAUUCUUCAAGGGCAAGGGUAACAACGGAGAAUCCUACCAGUGGUUGUUUAUUCUUGAGUUACUAUCACAGUAUGGCAUUCCAAUACCUUUCGUAGAGCUACUAGAUCGUCCGUUGAAAGUGAUCAUUAAGUGGAGUGAAAACCGUACAGUGCAUGUCCUCGUCCUCGUCCGUCUGACUAAGCACUACGUGGCUGUCUCCCCAUCUCCUGUCCCCAGGCCUCCCUACUUACAACGUGUCCGUUUGCCGGCUUUACCAAAGCUCCCUGCGAAAUACGACUCAGCGCGUGUCAAGAACGAAACCGGGAAAAUCUGCCGGAAGUUAGCGGGGAUGUUGACAGACGCAACGGUAGACCUGUUGGCCAUGGAGAGAGUUAUGACGUGGAGUGUAUUCCGCCUUGGACUUGGCGAGACCGGUCGCAUGGACGGCAUCUGGCGUCGUAUGAAUGCAGGAGUACACCACAAAGGACAUAUCCUGGUGUCUACGCGCCGCUGUGCAAAAGGAAAUUGGGAAAACCCAUUGUCCACAGAAUUCCAUACCUACACAACCUCGCCAGACUGGCUGUCUAGGCAGCUGACUGUGUCGUUAUCGCGCAAGCGGGGUUGUGGAGGCGAUGUUCAGGAAGAAGGUGGUCCGUAA